AGGUGGCGAACAAAGGCUAAUCAACCUUGUCACAAGAAACAAUAAAAAAUAAACAAUGCGAUAAUUAGGUGCCAAUAAUAGACGAAUGAAAGAUGUUGACAUUGAAAAAUUGUAAAGCGAAGCAAUAUGACGGGAUGGCAACUGGCCUUAGUACAAGUGGUACUCAUAAAAAUAACCACACAAUCAAUUGCUGGCGUGACAUACAUGGAUCAUUUCGAUUUCGAGGAGAGAUAUCGUGACGUCUACGAAUGCGAUCCGUUUUACUGGCAUCCACUGCAUCUACCCGAUCACUGCGCCGAAAUGUACGAGAAAUUAAUAAGAACCAAAAUAGCAUCGCGAGCACCUGUCAGGAUCGUCAAGGAAAGAGAUGUUGUGUACAAUCUAAAUUAUCCGUUCAUAAAUGCUGAAAUAAUACCAGAAUAUUCUGCUCUGACGUAUUCUGAACUUACACCGUAUGAAAAGAUGUUUGCGUAUCUAAAAGGGAUAUAA